UUCUCCACCCGGCCUGCUCGUGGUCGGUCGGUCGGUCGGUCUCGAUCGAUCGAUCCCCACCUUACCUUCCUUCCUUCCUUCCUCGGCGAGUCCUCCUCCAUCGCCACCUGCAAGCAAGGUACGUAUACCAACCAUAGCCAUGAAGCUUACCGUGUCGUUCUGCGGCGGCGGCUCCUCCUCCUCCACCGCCGCCGCCUCUCCGAAGGCGAGCAACAAGAGCAAGAGCACGAGACGGUCAUCAAAGGACGGCAACAAGAGCGGCGGCGGCGGCAGCUCGUUCAGCUCCACCGCGUCCGCGUCGUCCUCCCACGAGUGCAAGUCCGCGGUCACCACGCCGCGCACCGUGCUCCUGCCAGUGCCAUCGUCCUCGCCACCGCGGGCGCCCCGGACGGCCGGGACGACUAGCAGUAGCAGGAAGCCGCCGGCGGCGGUGACGAGGGAGGAGCUGGAGGUGGCGCUGCGCCGCGUGGUCUCGAGCGAGGAGGAGCUGGCGGAGAUGCUCGCGGAGGUGGACGCCGGGCUCGUCGUCCCGGAGGAACUCGUCGGCGGCGACGACGACGCGGCGGACGACGAUGAGGGCAACCUCAGGGAGGUGUUCGCGGUGUUCGACGCCGAUGGGGACGGCAGGAUCUCCGCUGAGGAGCUCCGCGCCGUCAUCGCCUCGCUGGGAGACGACCGCUGCUCCGUCGAGGAUUGCCGCCGCAUGAUCGGCGGCGUCGACGUCGACGGCGACGGCUUCGUGUGCUUCGACGAGUUCUCGCGCAUGAUGAUGCAUGGGCUGUGAUGUACUGUGCGUGCGUGAAUGUCAGUAUGUCACCUCUUUGGUGCCGUCGAUAUAUAUGAUCGACCGAGAUGUCAAUUGUCAAUGCUUCGAUAUAUCAUUAUGUAAUAUGUUUUCUCAGCUCUCUUGGUCUUGCGGUGGGACCCAACAAUUAAUAAGAGUGUCUAGAAUGAGCUUCGACA